AUGGCAUCUUUAGCCCCGCCCGAUAUACCUGAAACGACCAAAGACUCUGCAUACUCGAAUACUACUCCAAAUGACCAAGAAGAGCACAUGGAAGCUUCCUAUCGUCCCUACGUUGAGAGCGGACUCAAAGGCAUUAUCGAUUCACCUUACGUUGCUGAGGCCGCCGUUUUGAGUACGGUUGGCGGACUUCUCUUUGGGUAUGACCAAGGCGUGGUCUCUGUCGUUCUUGUCAUGGAAAGCUUCGUUCUGGAUUUUCCUCGUAUAGGCCCUCACUCUAGCGGCUUUUGGAAGGGCAUUUUGACAGCUAUGAUCGAACUUGGGGCUUUUUUCGGGGCUCUAAACCAGGGUUGGAUUGCCGAUAAAUACUCGAGGAAAUACUCUAUAAUAAUCGCUGUGGUUAUAUUCCUAUUGGGAAGCAUUUUGCAGACUGCGGCUGUCAACUUCAACAUGCUUAUCAUUGCCAGACUCGUGGGAGGCAUUGGUAUUGGUAUGCUCUCAAUGGUUACGCCCAUAUAUAUCGCGGAAAUAGCACCGCCCGAAAUUCGUGGUGCAUUACUCGUCAUGGGCAAGUGGUUUCAAUUGUCCAGUACAAUUCAUACAAUCAAAGUGCUAACUAGUCAUGCAGAGGAGCUUUCCAUUGUUGUAGGAAUCGUCGUUGCUUUCUGGAUAACCUUCGGCACAAGAUACUUAAGUGGCGAGUGGGGCUGGCGCCUUCCUUUCUUUAUACAAAUCGUUCCUGCCUUAUUCUUGGGAGCCGGGGUGUACUUCCUUCCAUUUUCACCAAGAUGGCUUUCUUCCAAAGGACGUGAUGAUGAGGCUUUGAAAGUCCUAUCGAAGCUGAGACAAUUGCCAGAAACCGAUUCAAGGAUCCAGGAAGAAGCACGUCAUAUACGCAACGAAGUCUCGCACAUUCGAGAUAUUCACCUACAGAAACACGAAAAUCUUAUAAACUCACCCAUGAAGUUCGAAAUAGCUUUGUGGAGAGACUGCUUUGCGUCGGAUUCUAUUAAGCGCACGCACAUUGGUAUACUUAUCAUGUUUUUCCAACAAUUCGUCGGUAUAAAUGCCCUAAUUUACUAUUCUCCAACUCUGUUUGCUAGAAUGGGCUUGGGGUCAGAGAUGCAACUUAUCAUGUCGGGCGUUCUAAAUAUCUGCCAGCUCGUUGGUGUAGGCUCUAGUCUCUUUACAAUGGAUCGAUAUGGAAGAAGGCCCUUAUUGAUCAUAGGCUCGUUUUUUAUGACUAUUAGCCAUGUUAUGAUAGCUGUCAUGGUCUGCCUAUUUUCUUAUGACUGGCAUACCCACCAAGCAGCUGCCUGGGUCAGUGUAGCAUUUCUCCUCUUCUACAUGGUGAUUUUUGGAGCAUCCUGGGGUCCUGUUCCUUGGGCAAUGCCAUCGGAGAUCUUUCGAAGCGAUCUUCGUGCAAAAGGCGUCGCUCUAAGCACCUGCUCUAAUUGGCUGAACAAUUUCAUCAUUGGUCUGAUAACGCCGCCGCUAGUAGUAUAUACUAAUUGGGGGGCGUACGUCUUCUUCGGGGGGUUUUGUGCAUUGUCUGGGGUAUGGACAUGGCUUUAUGUCCCAGAAACAAAGGGAUGCAAACUAGAAGAUAUGAAUGACCUCUUCGAUAAAUAA